GUAUAAGAGCAGUGGACUGAUGGAGCAUCUCCUCAGUGUGAGUGUGGUCUUGUCAUGUUGUACUUGUUUGUUUGUAGACAGUGAUUUCUGACAGCUUGUUUUCUGAUCAGUCGUUGAAGCUGAGCUGAGAUGUUCUUAUCCUGUGGUUCAUUUCUGAGGACUUUUUUCAUAAAAAGAAAUUCUUGGUCAUGACUUUGCUUAAACACUGGUAUGAGAUUAGAACUGAUUGAUUUUCUGACUAUUUUUUUACAUAGUUGCUGAAAUAAAUAAAAUCCCAACAGUCAUAGUUAACUACAACAAAUAAACAAAACGUCCAACUGAAGCGCUGGUUAUCAAAGAGGUAUUAAUUGAUUGUUGCAGCAGUGUGGUUGAUGGUUCAAUAUCACAGACAUGUUGUAGUCAUGAUCCAAACCCUGAGCUGCCAUCAUGCUGAAUAAUUCCGAGCUGGUUCUUUUGCUCCACGGACUCAACGACUCCCUGGCCAACCCUCUGCUGUACUUCUCCCUGGCUCUUACCUCUUACAUGAUCAUCAUCUUUGUGAACCUCAUCAUCAUCGCCACCAUCUGCAUGGAAAAGACACUGCAUCAACCCAUCUACAUCUUCCUGUGUAACCUCUGCUUCAAUGGGAUCUGUGGAGCCACCAGCUUCUACCCAAAGGUGCUGCACAACAUGGUGGUGGAAUCUGCUGCCAUCACCUACUCUGGUUGCAUGACGCAGUUAUUUGCUGUGUACAAUUAUGUGUUCUGUGAGUUCACCAGCCUCACUGUCAUGGCCUACGACCGUUACCUGGCCAUCUGCAGACCGCUGCACUACCAUGCCCUCAUGACAUCACAGAAGGUGGUGCAGCUGCUGCUGCUCACCUGGUGCAUCUCUCUGUUGGAGACCGGGGUGGGCAUGGUGCUGACCGCCAGGCUGCCACUCUGCGGCCGCCACCUGCUCAAGCCCUUCUGCACCAACUGGGAAGUGGUAAAGCUGUCCUGCCACGUGGACACCACUGUCAACAACAUCUACGGCUUCAUAAUCAUGGUCUCGCACGUGAUACAGACUGGAUUGAUCGUGGUUUCUUACGCUCACCUGGUCGGUGCGGCUCUGCGCUCACAUGCUGACCGCAGGAAGUUUGUGCAGACGUGCCUCCCUCACCUCAUCACACUGCUGGUCUUCACCGCAUGCCUAGUGUUUGAUAGCUUGUACUCACGCUACGGCAGUGUGUACCAUCUGCAGGCUCUGCAGAACAUACUGUCCACAGAGUUCCUGGUGGUUCCACCUCUGAUGAACCCCAUCAUCUACGGCAUCAACCUGCAGGACAUCAGGAGGAAGAUCCUGCGAAAGCUGGGCAUCAGGCCUGAGGUCGUCCUCACACACGCCUGAGCAGAACACUGUCCUCACCAUCUGAGCCACACAAAAAGGCCCUCACUAAAUUAGACUUUUUUUAACAUUAGAAAAUGAGGUGAUCAUGUUCAUCAUCAACCCAAUAAUAUAAUUUAGAUAGAUUAAAAGUCAUCAAAAA